AUGCUGUUGCUGCUGCUCGAGGCCGCGGAGGCCGCCGGCAUCGAGAUGCCCCACAUGUGUCGCACAGGUUGCUGCAGUACCUGCAUCGGCAAGCGCAUCAAGGGCGAGGUGGUGGAGCCUGACCAGGGCCUGCUGGGCCCCGAGUUUGAGGACAUGGGCUACGCGCUCAUGUGCUCCUCUUACCCGCGCUCAGACCUGGUGAUCCAGACCCACGCAGAGGAGGACUUCAUCAAGACCUCACACAUCUAUGACAAGCAGAUGAACCUGGCUGGCGCCAACAAGUGA